UUCUGGGUAAGACAGAUGUUUUGACAAUGGCGGCUAAAAUGUUUGCAGUUCCCUCUAGCAGAUUGCCUUUGUUCACAAAAACAAUUCAAACUACAAUGCACAACAAGUUUAAGCUUUAUGAAUAACAAUAACAUAAUUAAAACACAAACAGAAUAUAAGUUUAAAGUUAUUGUCCCGUUAUAGUAUCUGUAAAACAGGAACAUGUCUCGCUUCAGAAAGUGACAACUUUUACAAAAGUUAUGAACAAAAUAUUGUGACAUUGUUUUUCGACUGUCAGCUGGAUAUAUCAUAAUAAAAAUGACCAGAAACAUAUGCUUUGUGUGUGGGAGUAGAGGUGCAGAGAAUAAACUCCGUAUAAAGCCUUGUGACAAUGAACCAUAUUUUCCUUUCCUUGAACACCAUGAUCCCCCUAAAGGUUCAAGUCUUCCAAGCAAAGAUGGGAUUGUUGACAGUUGCAGGGUUUGUACUGCUUUCUUAUGUCAACAAUGGGAAGCAUAUGAGCGUUCUCAUACUCCAGCAAUUAAAAGAUUAUAUUGGUUAAAACGAGCAGACAAUGGUCAUUUUACUGGUGCAGAAAUGAGGUUGCAGGGUGAAUAUAUAGCUCAGAUAAUGGGUCUUCAGUAUCAACCAGGUGCCUUUGAUGGAAGAACUUCGCCUAUAGAUAUUGGGAGAGAAAGUGGAAUGAGAGAAGUGUCAUCUACAAUAAGACAUGAGAGAAGAUCUACAGAAGUUCCAAAAGAAAAGAGACACAGUACCUCAACUCCACAACAAAAACCAACACCAAGUGUACAACCUACAAUGAAUGUGCCUUUGUAUAAUUCAAACAACAGAAAUCAAAUGACCUCCCAGGGCCAAAGUGGUUUGAGUGAUGGAGUUCUGGAUUUGUCGGUUACUAAGAAAAAUGAGAACCCAAAAGACUUCAAUAAAAACCCUACUUUUCUUUGUUACCUUUGUGCACAUCAGACAAAUUCGAUUGAAUGUAAAAUAGUGAAUUCUGUAAGACGUUCUAACAGUGAACCCUAUUUCCCUGUUAUACAAAGCCUACCUUGUAUCCCAGGGGCAGUGCCUUUAAAUGAAUUAGGACAAGCAAGAGUUUGUGUGCCUUGUAAAAAUUCAUUGUUUCAACAAUGGCAAGCAUAUGAAAUGUCGGGUAUACCUGCCCAGCACAGAAACUAUAAAGUAUAUGAAAAUCAAGAACUUAAAAUGUUGAGAGCAAGUGCAUCUACACUACCUGGAAUGCAAAUGCAACAAGAUGAUCUUUCUCCGGAAAAGCUUGAACAUGUUUGUUACAUUUGUGGAAAUGUUUAUGCAGCAGAAUUGAUAAGAUCCCUUUUCACUGCUCCAUCAAACGAACCAUCAAUGGGAACAUUAUUUUUCCCAUUUGUAAGAGAAUUGAGUAGACCUGCAGGUGCUGAGCCCCUUAGAUCAGAUGGUUCUGUUCUGGCUUGUAGAAAUUGUUAUGAAGCUUUGUACAAACAGUGGCAACUUCAAGAAAUGGAAAGAAUACCACUUGCACAGAGACAAUAUACAUUAUCCUUUCUCGGAUCGAAAACUGAUAUGCUUGACAGUUCUUUCAGAAUGAAGCAAAUGAAGGAAGAACCUGUGCAGAAAAUUACUAUUGCAAGAGAAUCAAAAUCACCAAAACCAGAUUUAAUCAAACCAUUAAAUAUUCAAAUCUCUGAAAACACUUCUGAAGACUCAAACACUUUGUUGGCAUCUCAAGGAUUGUUAGCAAUUGCUUCAUCUGGUUCUUCUGCACAAGGAGAUGUCCUAAUACCAAAAUCUAAAUCUCCGUUUAGGGCAAACAAAAGUCCAGCAAUAGAAACAAUUGCGAAAACAGUACCUCAUCCGCUACAGCAGGCAACAACUAUCCCAAAGAAAAUAUGUUUUUUGUGUGGAGAAAAAUGUCGCUUAUCCAAAGCUCAUGUAUUGUGCUCAUAUCCUACUAGACAUGAAGCUAAAACAUUAAACAAUCAAACAGUUCCAUUUUUCCCCUUUUUAGCCAAUAGGGAACCAGCACCAAAAGGUGAGCCAAUGACAGAAGAUGGAACUGUUAUUUCCUGUGAUGUUUGCUUUCAUAUUUUAAUCCAACAAUGGAAUGAUUAUGAGGAAAACAAAACAGGAGAUUCAAACAGAUGGCUUAGGAAAUACAAUUUGCCUGAUUUUGUUUGUUGCUUAUGUUCAGAGUGGAUGAAACAUAAGAACAUACAGCUACUCAGUUGUAAAACUUUUCCUUUUCUCAAAGAUAUCAAGCCAUCCAAUACAGCCCCAACAAUAGAGGAUGGUUAUACUGUAGGGGUGUGCAAAGCAUGUGCUCACGGUUUGAAUCAUCAGAAUGCUGAAUAUGAAAGAAUGGGUGUUCCUUAUGAGCUAAGGAAAUUUAAUUGGACCACAUCACAAGCAGAUACUGGAGAAAACAGAGAGGAUGAUCACAGUGGGGAUGAGGAUUCCAACAAAAUAAAAGAACAAGAACAGAGAGAAGAUACCAGAGAAUCAUUUCAGGAAGAUUCAGAAGAUGUAACAGGAACAGGUCAAAAUGUGAAGCCACCUCCUCUGAACAUGCUCAGUGGUUCUAAGUUAUCACGGAACACAGCUACAGUGCCACCAUUAAAUCAGACAUCACCAAGUAAUGGUCUGACGUCCCACAAUUCUAAUGCUGCUCUGAAUGCCACCAGAACAUCUAGUUUUGCUGCUGCACUCAGAAAACUUGCUCAUCAAGCAAAAGAUCCAGAAGAUACUCCAUCAAAACAUGGAUCCCAACCAGGAAGCUCCAGCACCAGUCCAAGAGCAACUACACCAAAAAGAGGCCCACCUCCACUAGUGUACACAUCACAUUCAUCUGUUAGUUCUCCACCAGUGGUAACCAUAGCACCUACACAGUCUCAUGCAAGCCUGGUCUCAACAGAAUCACGACAGAGUUUGGACAGAACACAUUCAGUACAUAGUUCUUUGUCAACAUAUGAUAGUUUAAGUAACAUGAAAGCUGACCGUCCACAUUCUACCCAGUCUGGCCGAGAGGAAGAUAGAUACAGACCACAGUCAUCACACUCAAGUAGGGAUGAUGAUCGACUAUCUGCUAAAGACAUGGCUCCAUCCAGGAGGACCCCAUUGUCAGCUCAGAGUUCUACAUCUCCUGCUGUUACACGAGAGGAAAGUAUAAUGAGAGGAUUCCAGCCCUACCGUCCAGGAGAUGAUCUACGACACUCAUUGCCACCAUUUGGCCUUGAUGCAGCUGCCUAUCCUUACCCAGCAUUCCUGCCCCCACAUGCAUUCCCACAUCCUGCCUUUAGAUUUGACGACCCAUUAUUAAUAGAAAGAUACAGAAUGAUGCAGCCCCAUUAUCUCCCCUUUGCUCAUCCUGGGAUGUUACCACCACCAGGUGGCCUCAGUCCAUUCCUAACAGGACGUUAUCCACCAGAACUUCUCCAUCAACAACUGCCAUAUGUAUCUCAAUCGUCAAGGCUACCAGAUCUGUCUCCGUCACUGCUGGAAAGGCAAAGAUUGGAAGAAGAAAGAAUGAGAGAUCUGGAAAAAGAACAAAGAGAGAAAGAAAAGGAAGCUAUUCUGUUAAGAGAGAAAGAAAGAGCAAGGGAAAGAGAAAAAGAAUAUGACAAAUUACGAGAAUCAAUGAGUCAUGAGUAUCGGUCACAUCCUAGUGCUGAACUACGUGUUCCUCAUCAUAUAGAGAGAGGGUCAUCAGGAAUAGACCUACGCACACAACAAUACAGUUCUGAUAAUAAGAAAUCAGAGACAAAAGAUAGGAAUCAUAAUGAACGAGGACCAGGAAAUAAUGACGCCAUUCCUAGAUCUGUAGAAGGACAUAAAUUUGGCUCAAUCACUCAUGGGACACCUAGGGAGUAUAACCUGAAUGACAAGAGUAGUAGGGAAUUCCAAUAUAAUUCUGACAGUGAUCGCUUUAAAGCCUCUCGGAGAGAUAUGGAACAACACAAGCAUAGCCAUCAUGAUAUUUCCAAACUUCAUUCUCAUCAUCACGACAAACAUGCCAGUGGUCACCAUGAUCAUAGAGACAAAAAAUAUUCACUGUUGAACUCAGGACAUCAUAGUGAUAAAAAUAGAACUCAAAGGGAAAGUGAAAGUAAAGUUCAUAAAUCAAGUGACAGCAUAUUCAGGCCCUUUGAUACAUCGAACUUAACAAAUGGUCAUUUACCUGCUCAUAAUUUCCGAGAUGGAGGUAAUAUGCCAAAUGUGGAACGAACAAUUGAACCAGGUGAAAGGAGAUUACCUAAUAAGGAAAAUACUAGUGCUUUGAAACAUUCUGUUGGCAUGGCAACAAAAUCUGGAAAUUUUAACCUUAAUCAUGUGAUAGAUGCAAGUAAAAUGCAUUAUAAAGAGCAUCAUGCCGAACACUUACAUUCAGCUACGGAUAAAAAUCGUGGUCUAGUCAUCAGUAGCCUUGACAUUGGUUGGCAGAAAUUACAAAAACGAAGGAUGCGUGGGGAAUUAAGUGACGAUAGCGAAAUGGAUGAAAUUGUUGACUAUUUAGAUGAAUCUCAUAAACAGAGUUUAAUGAUGGUGACAAAAGGACCACCAUUACCUUUGGAUGUUUCUAGAGAGAAAGUGAAAUUUUUACAUCAGAUUGGAUUAACAUCUCAAAAGGUCAAAAGAGAUCUGGAGUACAAAAAGAUUCGCCGAAGAAGACGUCGACACAGAGAACCUAGUGUUAGUCCUGUAUUGAUGGUUGAUGGAGAUGAUAGGCGUAUAUCACCUUCACCUAAAGUUGACCCGGAAGUAUUACGUCGUGAACCAGAUUAUCCUAACAAAUGCUCUUUCUUGGGAUCAUUUAGUCUUGGAACAGUAGAAAGUGAGAAAAAGAAAGGCUCUCCUGUUAAACGAAAGGGUGAUAAAAGACAAGAUGAACAUUCAGGGAAGAAGGUUUCAAGAACGACAAAAAGUGAAAAAGUCAAACUGUUUUCUAACAAGAAUAGUGAUAAGACACUUAGUCGAGAAUUUGCCCAGGAAUUUCAUAACUCUGUCUUACAAAGUACUCAACAGAAACAGAUUAAUGGAAGAUUAGGUUUGGAUGGUAAUCAAGGGGAGACCAGUCAGUCUUUAAAACCAACAAUCUCGUGUGAUUCACCUAUUGGUGAUAUUCCAAAAUGGCCAGGAAUUGAUAUUUUAAUGGAAUCUUAUCAAAAGUAUCAGGAAGAAUUUAAAUUAGAAAAGUCUAUGCUACAAGACCGUUGUCGGAAUCUACAAACUACUAAUCAGGAUUUCAAUAAACAAGCUGAGGAGCUCAGUAAGAAGAUGUCUGAGUUUUUGGAUAAAAAGAAACAGCUAGAAGAAAAUCGUCUGGAAAACCAAGGUGCAAUAGACAGUCUGAAACAGAUAAUAAAAGACAUGAAAUAACGUGUAUUUGUGUAACAACAUGGUGCAAUAACCAGGAUGUAAUAUAUACUAAAAAUGAUAAUGUGAUGGUUUCAUUAUACGUACAAAAUAUCCUGGUGCAAAAUCCAGAAUGAAAUAAAUACUAAAAAGUGAAAAAGUGAUGGUUUCAAAAUUCCUGGUGCAAUAUCCAAUCUGUAAUAGAUGCUGAAAGACUUUAAAUGUUUGAACUGUACUUAAUUUAUAUGCAUUAGUCAUUCCUGGAGGGAAAUGAAAAACACAUUGUUAUUGUUUUAUUCAAUAUUUUGUAAAAAAAUAAACAAUGAUAAUGAUAAUUAAUUAUAUUCAUAUUGUUAAAUUAUUCUUAGAGAAUAACGAUUGUUGAAAUUUUAAUUGGCAUAAUAUGUAAUCAGGUUUAAGAAAAUUAUUGCAAUUAAAAUAUAGGUGUAUAUGAUUUUGAGAUGUAAAAUUGACAAGCUUUCAACUUUAAGUUGGAAGAUGAAUUGAAGGUUUAUUGCAUUUUAGUAAUACUCUGUAUAGUGCUUAUUUCCCAGUGUUGUUGUAAUGUCAAAUAAAAUUAUGGUGCAGACAUGAUUGGUGAGGAUUCUGUUAAACUUUUUACUGGAUUUCUGCUAUUGUCUGUUUGGAUUUAUGUAUUACAAUUUUAUUAUUAUACAUGCACACUGUGUUUUAGCUAGGAUUUAAGGUCAGAGGGGCACAGUUUUAAAAUGAAGGACAUGUUAGCAUGUUCUUUUAAUCAAAAUGGACUACUUGAUCAUAAUUACUGGUAAAGAUGAAAACUGAACUGAUAAAUGUAUUUUACAGUAUUUGUACUAGUUUUUGGUGGAAAAAAGCUUUUACAAGUUUUUUUUGGCAAUGAAAAAUAUUCAAUUCCUUCAGAAAGAAAAAAAAAAUUAUGGCAGGACCAUAAGGACAAAGGGUACAAUUUAUUUAAGAGGGGGUUUAUAAAGAGGAGAGAGGGUAGUUGUGCCUCAUUAUUUUGGGCUAAUAUAGAGACUGCACAUUGACAGUGGCUUCUUCUCAACUCAAAUAAGAAAAUCUCUUGUUGGAAGGCAUUUUUUCAUAGUGAUUUUAAUAUCAUGAGAAGAACUUAUAUUGUAUAGAGAAUAAAAAAAUGAAAAUUAAAUCCAAUGUUUACUUUUGGAAAUGUUAUAUUUGGUGUUGACACUAAUUUAUCUUCUAACACUGUAAGACCUGCUUUUGCACCAAUUGUAGAAUAACUGUUUAUUUAAAGGACAACACACUGCCUCCUUCCUCAAGUUUUCUUUUUAUUAGAUGAAAUGUAUUAUACUGAACAAUGAAAUUGUUUAUUUACUUUUACAUUAAAUACACCAAUUAUACAUGGUUUUAUACACAUCCAUUAUAUCAUUUACACAUACAUUAAAUUGUUCACCUUAUAUUUUAAAAUCUUUUUAUGAACAUGUAUUUAAAAAUAUUGCUUUUAAUAAGGAUUUCUGUAUGAUUCAGGUUUGGAAUUGAUCUAUUUUACAUAAGAAAAGAAAUUUCAAGAAAUAAAGUGAAUGUGUGUAUUACGCAUUGAAAAUUAAAUAGAAAAAAAUUACCAUAAUUGAUGUAGUUAUGGGGAUGUUUUCGUUGAAAUAUGAAUGUUUAUUUAUGUACAAAUCAUUUGAUAUAAUUUAUAAUGUACUCAAAAAAAGUUUUAUUUUGGGGAAUUUUCACUUAUGCACAGCAGUAAAGAUGUCCCAUAAUUUGUGAAUGCUGCAACAGAUAAUUUGUUGAAAUUCUUUUCAAAUUCAAUUUUGAUUAUCUCCCCUUUUUACAUUGUUUUCUAUAAUUGCUGGCAAUUAAUUCAUACAAUAUUAAAGGAGAUUAAGAAAAACAAAAUUUCAUUCUCCAAUAAAAUGACCUAGAUUAGAAAUCAACCCUCAAACUGUUGAAGCUCUGAAAGAAAAAAUAAUAUUUAUAAAACAUUCAGCUAAAACUUAUUUAAGUAAAUUAAAAGUGAUAGCUUUUGAAAAAGCUUUCCUGGCUUCAGCUUGUAUAAAUCAGUAUAACAACUCAGAUGACAUUCUAUAAAAUGAGACAUGUAUACAAAGUUGUGUGAUUUGCAAUGCUUUAAGUUAAACUAAUCCAACAAUUAUUCAUUACCAAUAAAGUUUUAUAUGAAGAUAUAAAUCAAACUUGAGCCAGGAAAUAAAAUCGUUACCAUUUGAAUUAACAGGGUUCAUCUGACCGUUAAAAUUUGUAAUCAGAAAGUGUGUUUCUGAAUGAAAGUCUUUAUUCUUUGUAUAUUUACAGUGCAUAUGAUACCAAAUACCUGUCUGCUAUUCAUUACAUUAUAGCCAUAACCAGUGAGAUUUGCUGAUAUUGUUUUUGUAACGAUGUCUUUACUAUGAUCAUAUCUACUCAAUAUCUCAAUCUUUGUGAUCAUAUUCAUGGUAUAUAUCAUUGAUUUCUGUAUGAUAAUCCGUUUGCAGCUAUAUAGCAUAUCAUGUCUCUUUUUAAUAAAAAAAAAUAUUUA